UGCCGGACGCGUAUAAGGGUUCCUGAAUAAUGGAACCAGUGAAAUAACAGUUGCUUAAGUUAGGAAAUGUGUCCGUAAUUUUUUUUACAAUUUUGGUAAAAUUUUUUUUUUUAAAUAAUGACUACUAGAUACGGAUCAACGGAUGCUAAUGAGAAAGCAGUGCCAGUGGAAAACGACAUCAAUCCAGAAGUGUGGUUAAGGCCCAGAAGAUGGUGCCGGCUGAACCAGAAUAUCGUGUACGGCUUAGGUCACGUUUACAACGACCUGUGUGCCGCCAUGUGGUUCUCCUACAUGAUGCUGUUUUUCCAAGCCGUUCUGGAGAUGAGGGCUGCUGUCGCCGGUGCCAUGCUUCUUUUAGGGCAAGUGAUAGAUGCUCUUGCAACUCCAGUGGUAGGCAUCCUGGCUGACAGGUACGGCACCAAGAAGAAAUGGCAUUUGACUGGAUGUAUUUUAGUGACUUGCACUUUCCCACUACUCUUCAUAAGAUGCUGGGGUUGCCAGCCAGGAGUGGUUAGCUACCUGGCGUGGUGGAUGCCCACAUACUACGCUAUCCUCAUCGUGGUCUUCCAGAUAGGAUGGGCCAUUGUCCAGAUUUCCCAUCUGGCCAUGAUCCCGACCAUAUCUGAUAACCUACACGUUAGGUCGGAAUUGACUUCUAUAAGAUAUAUGGCUUCAGUGACAUCCAGUUUGAUGGUAUAUCUUGUAACAUGGAUAGUGCUACGAACAACAAACUACAGUACAUUCAUUACGCCAGCAGACGACUAUAAAUUUCGGGACGUGUCAAUGAUAAUCUCUAGUAUAGGAAUAGCUUCCUAUUCUCUUUUUCAUAUAAUUUUCAAAAUAAGGUUAAAAAACGCCAAAACAAACGGACAAACAGUUAACAAUGGUACCACCACGUCUCUUCUUCCUGAGGAUGGUGCUGAGCCUAUAGUCAUCACGCAGUCAAAAAUAAUGCAUUUUCUAAAAAUGCCUUUACUGUACCAAACAAGUCUGUUAUACGUAUUUUCUAGAUUAUACUGGGCUCUAAGUUUAGUUUAUGUGCCGCUGUUCCUUGAGGAGCGACUAUCCGUCAAUCCCAGUGCUGGAUCAGAACUGGUAGCUAGUGUUCCGCUCGUUCUGUACAUAUCUUCUUUCUUCUUUUCUCUUCUUUUGAAGAGCAAGAUAAAUAUAUAUGGCCAUCAGGUGGUGUAUCUCAUAGGGAGUACAUUAAGUUUGAUCAGUUGUUUGUGGAUUGCGUUAGCUAUCGACCCUGAAGCAAAUAUAGCGCAAAUUUAUUUAGUUGCAACUUUGAUAGGUGCCGGCAGUUCCAUAACCCUUGUUUCCAGCCUCUGCGUGACGGCUGAUCUGAUAGGACCUCAUUCUCACCAAAGUGCAGCAAUUUACUCUAUCGUCACGUUUGCCGACAAACUCGUCACAGGAAUCGCGGUUGUUGCCAUAGAGAAUUAUAAAUGUGACAACACACUAGACUGUCCGCAAUAUUACAGGGGAGUGCUAACAUACGCAUGUGGAGGCAGUGCGCUUCUAGGUAUUCUUUCUCUAAUUAUUGCAAAAAUAUCCUUAUCACGGAAGGAAUAA